UUCUGCUAGUGGCGCGGAUUCUUGCACACAUGUGCCCGAGCGCGCGACGAGGCAAUGAAUAACACAACCGGCUUGGCGCUGGUAGGAGGUGGCAGCCGGGAAGGGUUACCGGCGCACCGCGUGUUAACGGGCUGUGUUCUGGCGCUGCUUAUCAUUUGGACGCUUUUAGGUAACUUCACGGUGUGCGCAGCCGUUUAUCGCUACCGGCACCUGCGCGCAAAAGUAACCAACAUCUUCAUCGUGUCACUGGCUCUGUCGGAUCUUCUGGUGGCCCUGCUGGUAAUGCCAUGGAAAGCAGUGGCCGAAGUGGCCGGUUUCUGGCCGUUUGGGGGCUUCUGUAAAACCUGGCUGGCCUGCGACAUCAUGUGUUCAACGGCGUCCAUCCUUAACUUGUGCGUCAUUAGUGUGGACCGAUACUGGGCCAUCUCCAACCCGUUUCGCUAUGAAAGGAGUAUGACUAGAAGAGUGGCAUCCGUUAUCAUCGGUGUGACCUGGACAGUUUCUGUGGUCAUCUCUUUCGUUCCCGUGCAGCUAAACUGGCACCGGGCGGAGAUCGGUGACCCGACCGGAGAGGGUUUGGCGCACCAUGGAGACAAUAUUGAUGAUGGGAGUUGUGACUCCAGCCUCAGCCGCACGUACGCCAUCUCCUCCUCCCUCAUCAGCUUCUACAUCCCCGUUGUGAUCAUGAUAGUGACAUACACACGCAUCUACCGGAUAGCCCAAAUGCAGAUCCGCAUGAUAUUAUCCUUGGAGCGGGCUGCGGAGCACGCGCAGAGUUGCCGCUCGGAGGUUCCUGAACUAAUUUCGCACCUGUGUACAGAAAUGAGCACCCACUCGUCUCAGUCUCAUAUCAGUCUUGAUCCGGAUUGCCAGCCCUCUAAUCAGUCGCAUUGCGAGCUCAAAGUCUCCAUCAGAAAAGAGACAAAAGUGCUCAAAACUCUGAGCAUCAUAAUGGGUGUGUUCGUCUGCUGCUGGUUGCCUUUCUUUAUCCUGAACUGCGCUCUGCCGUUCUGUCCCGGACCCGGAGCUCCGGCGGCUCAGCGUGGCCCUUACUGCGUUAGUGAAAAAACUUUCGAUGUCUUUGUGUGGAUCGGCUGGAGCAAUUCGUCUCUCAACCCGGUCAUAUAUGCGUUCAACGCGGACUUCAGAGACGCUUUCCUGCGCCUGUUGCGCUGCCGCAGACGCGGCUUUUUGGCCGCGGUGAGCGCAGCGGUGGAGACGAUUAUGGCGAGUAACCAGGCUGGAAACACGAAGCGAGAAAGCCCGAUGAAGGUGAGGCUGGACGUCUCCUGUGCGACGAACACCAGAGAAAGUGAGGACAGCGGGAACACCACGGUGACUGUGUUUUAUCACAGAGGGACGAGGUCGGAACAAGUCACUGACACCGAGGAAAGGAACUACAAAGACAGGCUGACGCACAUUCCCAUAUGA